UCUGUGGAAAAUGCACUGCACGAGAAGGAAGCGGCUGCAGCUGAGCCGAGUCCUGUUUCUCCUCUCUGGAGUUUUCCUCUGCACCCUCUACCAGCUCACCAUCAGUGCCCGACUGUAUGAGCCUUUGCUAAUGCCUCAGACCAGAGAGGACUUUGGAGAAGGUUCAACAGAGGGCGUUGAGGAGGCCACAGUAGAACCAGGAGGGCUGGAGGAACCUCUCACCGCAACACAUGAAAUAGAGCUCACAGAUCAGACAACGCCAGCGAUUCAUGUGGUCCAUCGUAAAAAUAAGGAAUCGAAAGCGUCCAUCACCACUGAAUCACCACAGCUGCCAACCACAAACCGGACCAUUGUGCACUGCAUCUUCGUGGCCUCUGAACCUCCUGGAGAGACACCCACUCCAGCUCCAGCUCCAGCUCCUUCAGUUACCACCGUCUCCCCAUCUUCUCCUGAUCAAGCCCCACAAGUAAAAGGUGAAUACCCUGAAGAUAUCUUCACCAUUGAAGAUCGCAGACGAGGAUGGGUGAUCCUCCACAUUCUGGGGAUGAUGUAUAUGUUUGUGUCUCUUGCCAUUGUCUGUGAUGAGUUCUUUGUGCCAGCGCUUGGGGUAAUCACAGACAAAUUAGCCAUCUCUGAUGAUGUAGCAGGAGCCACCUUCAUGGCUGCUGGAGGUUCUGCACCUGAGCUGUUCACCUCCUUGAUAGGAGUCUUCAUCGCCCACAGCAACGUGGGCAUCGGCACCAUUGUGGGUUCAGCUGUUUUCAACAUUUUGUUUGUAAUUGGAAUGUGUGCUUUGUUUUCUCGAGAGGUCCUCCAUCUAACCUGGUGGCCACUUUUUAGAGACGUAUCCUUCUACAUACUUGACCUCAUUUUACUGAUUAUCUUCUUCUUGGACAACAUCAUCAUGUGGUGGGAGAGCAUGAUGCUGGUGGGCUGUUACACUCUGUAUGUCGUCUUUAUGAAAUUUAACGUGCAGCUGGAGCGAGCGUUCAAAACCCAACUCCAUAAACACAAGAGCUUUGUGAAGGUUAUUGCUGUGGAAGAACCUGAAAAGAUUAAUGGGGAUGGUGGAGCUAAAGCCCUUCCUGCUUCAGAAGACAAGAAUCAUUUGAAGUUGAAACCAUCUCUUCAGCGAGGGGGGAGUUCUGCUUCUUUACACAACAGCACCAUGAGAACCACCAUCUUCCAGCUCAUGAUUCACACAUUAGACCCUCUAGGAGAGGGGAAAUUUAAAGAUAAAGCUGAAACUCUGACCAGUGUGGCCAGACGAAAGUCAGAGCCCAAAUCCCAGGACAAAAGUGAAGAAAAAAGGAGUAGAAGUGAUGAGGCCAAAGAACCAGAGGUUACUGAAACCAAAACCACGGAGACGAAGGAGCAAGCAGAAGAAACGAAGGUACUCUCCGUCCAUGUCCCGAGGGCUUUGAAAAAGCCCAGAAGUCUGUCUUUGAUACCUGUCUAUGACGAUGUUCCAGCAGAACAGUGUGGGUCAGAAGGCUCAGAUGAUUCAGGCAGUGAUGAAGAAGACAGUGAUGAAGACAGUGAUGAAGACAGUGAUGAGUCCAGUGAAGAUGAGGAGGAUGAAGAGGACCAAGAAGAUGAACCACUGUCUUUGGAGUGGCCUGACACACGAAGCAAACAAGCCACCUUCCUCCUCCUGUUGCCCAUCAUACUCCCUCUGUGGCUCACAGUUCCUGAUGUUCGCAACCAGAAAUCCAGAAAAUUCUUUGCAAUCACCUUCCUGGGCUCCAUUAUGUGGAUUGCUGUCUUCUCCUACCUCAUGGUGUGGUGGGCUCAUCAGGUGGGAGAGACGAUCGGCAUCUCAGAGGAGAUCAUGGGCCUGACAAUCUUAGCUGCAGGGACCUCCAUCCCUGACCUCAUAACCAGUGUGAUUGUGGCUCGUAAAGGACUGGGAGACAUGGCCGUUUCCAGCUCUGUGGGCAGCAACAUUUUUGACAUCACAGUGGGUCUACCGAUCCCAUGGCUCUUGUACUCGUUCAUCCACGGUUUGACUCCUGUAGCCGUCAGCAGUAACGGCCUGUUCUGUGCCAUCGUGUUGCUCUUCCUCAUGCUCCUCUUUGUCACCAUCUCCAUCGCAGCCUGCAAAUGGAAGAUGAACAAAGUGCUGGGUUUCACCAUGUUCCUCCUCUACUUCAUCUUCCUGGUGCUCAGCGUUAUGCUCGAGGAUCGCAUCAUCAUCUGCCCUGUUUCCAUCUGA